AUGGGGCUCUGGAAACAUAGUCUCCAGGGCAAAGCCCUGGUCUUUGCCAUUACAGCAGCUUCUUGUCAAGCGUUCUUGCUACUGGGAUAUGAUCAAGGCGUGAUGGCAGGUAUCAUUGGCGCAGACAAUCGCUUCGGACGAGAUUUCGGCCACCCAGACGCGGACAUGCAGGGUAAUAUCACUGCCCUCUAUGACAUUGGCUGUGUAUUCGGGUCCAUUAUCUGUUACUUUGUGGGCGAGCGUCUUGGACGGCGAACGAUGCUCAUGCUUGGUGGUUUCAUCAUGAUCAUCGGCUCGGCCAUUCUCGGCUCCUCCUAUACAAUCGCACAGCUCAUCGCCGGUCGCAUUAUUACUGGUGUUGGAAACGGCAUGAACUCGUCGACGGCGCCUGUGUACCAGUCCGAGUGCUCUCCAGCCCGGAUUCGCGGUGCCCUUUUGACAUUGCAGGGUACCGUCACAAUCCUUGGUGUCGUGAUCGCCUACUGGACCGAUUACGGCACGGCGGCAUAUGAUACAGGAUUUCAGUGGCGGUUUCCUCUUGCUUUCCAGGCUGUGUUUGCGAUCUUUUUAAUUUUGCAGAUCGUCGGUCUCCCCGAAACGCCGCGUUGGCUUGUGGCACAUGAUAGACACGAGGAAGCGAGAUCAGUCAUUGCUGCCAUCGCGGCAGUCCCGGAGGAUGAUGCACAGGUCACCCGCAUCCUGCUCGACAUCCAGACGGGACUCGAAGAGGAGCACAAGGGUGGUCCGUUCAAGUUCAAGGAGUUGAUUUCAUGGGGUCCAGAACAGAACCUCCGACGAAUGCUUCUGACCAUCUCGGUACAGCUGGGCCAGCAGUUCAGCGGAUCCAACAUGAUCAACUACUAUGCGCCAACCAUAUUUCAAGGGAGUAUGGGGCUCAGCAGAAAUCUGUCUCUGAUCCUUGGCGGCUGUGCGCAGAUUACAUACCUGGUUGGUUCCGCUAUCCCAGUGUUCCUCAUGGAUCGCUACGGUCGGCGGAACCUGCUCAUGUUCUGCUCUGCCGGUUUGUGUUUUUGCUUCGUCAUGGUGGCCAUAUUACUGUCGCUAGGGACGACGGGUCCGGCGUACGGUGCUACUGCCUUUAUCUUUCUGUUUCAACUCUUUUAUGGUGUCGGCUGGUUGCCAGUCCCAUGGUUCUAUCCGAGUGAGAUCAACACCACUCGAGUCAGAGCUCGGAUGCAGUCCAUUGCUUCGGGAUGGAAUUGGAUGGCAGUAUUUGCUGUUGUCAAGAUCACUCCUAUCGCUUUUCAGAACAUUGGUUGGCGAACGUUUAUCAUCUUUGCAGUACUCAACGCCGUAUUCAUUCCAAUGGUGUAUUUCUUUUACCCUGAAACGAAGAAUCUCGAAUUGGAAGAUGAAAUUCCAUUACUCUUCAACAAAGGUGGCUUUACAGGCGGAGUGUUCACUUCUCGCGGAAAGACGGUGACGCCGGGCCAGCAUGCACUUAACCGCAAUAUGGACGCAAAGAAGACUCUGCACGAUGGGGAAGAACAGAUUGAGCAAGUAUAG